AUGGCGCACCGCGGGCCCCCGCGCGCCGCGAAGGGCCCCGGCCCCACCGCGCGAGCCCCCAGCCCCGGGGCGCCGCCGCCGCCGCCGCCGCGCUCGCGGCCGCUCCUGCUCCUGCUGCCGCCGCUGCUGCUGCUGCUGGCCGCCUGCGGGGCGGAGGGGCGCUCCCCCGAGCCCGGGCGCCUGGGUCCGCGCGCGCAGCCGGUCCGGGUGCGGCGGAGCCCGCUCGCGGGGCGCGCGGAGCCCGGCGGGGGCGAGGACCGGCGGGCGCCCGGCGCAGAGCCCGGCGCCUCGGGUCCCGGUCCGGGUCCGGGUCCGGGCGAGGACGGCGCGCUCGCCGAGGGCCAGGGACGCUGGGCGCGGGCGGCGCCGGCGGCCGGAGCGGCUUCGCGGGCGCAGGUCUCGCUCAUCAGCACGUCGUUCGUGCUCAAAGGGGACGCGACACACAACCAGGCGAUGGUGCACUGGACGGGCGAGGACAGCGGCGUGAUCCUGAUCCUGACCAAGUACUACCACGCCGACAUGGGCAAGGUUCUGGAAAGUUCCCUGUGGCGGUCCUCGGAUUUCGGGACGACCUACACCAAGCUCACCCUCCAGCCCGGCGUGACCACCGUCAUCGACAGCUUCUACAUCUGCCCCACCAACAAGAGGAAGAUCGUCCUGGUGAGCUCCUCGCUCAGCGACCGGGAGCAGAGCCUGUUCGUGAGCACGGACGAGGGCGCCAGCUUCCAGAGGCAACAGGUGCCCUUCUCCGUGGAGACACUCAUCUUCCACCCCAAGGACGAGGACAAGGUGCUGGCCUACACCAGGGAGAGCAAGCUGCUCGUGUCGUCCGACCUGGGGAAGAAGUGGACGCUUCUGCGGGAGCGAGUGGCCAAGGACCACGUGUUCUGGGCUGUGUCUGGGGUGGACGCUGACCCUGACUUGGUGCACAUGGAAGCCCAGGACCUCAGCGGAGGUGCCCGGUACGUUGCGUGUCACAUCCACGACUGCUCGGAGCAGGCGCUGGUGCCGCCGUCCGCAGCCCCCGUGGACCCCGGCUCCCUGACGGUGCAAGACGACUACAUCUUCUUCAAGGCGACCGCCAUGAACCGAACCAAAUACUAUGUCUCCUACCGGCGCAACGAGUUCGUCCUGAUGAAGCUGCCCAAGUACGCGUUGCCCAAGGACCUGCAGGUGAUCAGCACGGACGGGAACCAGGUGUUCGUGGCGGUGCAGGAGUGGCACCAGACAGACACCUACAACCUGUACCAGUCGGACCCCCGCGGCGUGCGCUACACGCUGGUGCUGGAGGACGUGCGCAGCUCGCGCCAGGGCGAGGACAGCGUGCUCAUCGACGUCCUGGAGGUCAGAGGGGUGAAAGGGGUCUUCCUGGCGAACCAGAACGUCGGCGGGAAGGUGACGACCCUCAUCACCUACAACAAAGGCCGCGACUGGCACCUCCUGCGCCCGCCCAGCACCGACAUGAACGGGCGGCCGACCCACUGCGAGCCCCCCGACUGCCACCUGCACCUGCACCUGCGCUGGGCGGACAACCCCUACGUGUCGGGCACCGUGCACACCAAGGACACGGCCCCGGGCCUCAUCAUGGGCGCAGGGAACCUGGGCUCGCAGCUGGUGGAGUAUAAGGAGGAGAUGUACAUCACGUCAGACUGCGGGCGCACCUGGCGGCAGGCCUUCGAGGAGGAGCACCACAUCUUGUACCUGGACCACGGGGGCGUGAUCGUGGCCGUGAAGGACACCUCCAUCCCCCUGAAGAUCCUCAAGUUCAGCGUGGACGAGGGCCUCACCUGGAGCACACACAACUUCACCAGCACCUCGGUGUUCGUGGACGGGCUGCUGAGCGAGCCGGGAGACGAGACGCUGGUGAUGACGGUCUUCGGCCACAUCAGCUUCCGCUCCGACUGGGAGCUGGUCAAGGUGGACUUCCGGCCCUCCUUCCCCCGGCAGUGCAGCGAGAGUGACUACAGCGCCUGGGACCUCAGCAGCCUGCAGGGCGACCCCUGCGUCCUGGGCCAGGCGCGGAGCUUCCGGAGGAGAAAGCCAGCGGCCUGGUGCGUGCAGGGGAAGGCCUUCACGUCUGCGCUGACGGCGCGGCCGUGCGCCUGCCGGGCCUCAGACUUCCUGUGCGACUACGGGUUUGAGCGGGCGCCGGCGGGGGAGUCCAACACCAGCAGGUGCUCCGCCAACUUCUGGUUCAACCCCUUGUCGCCCCCUGACGACUGCGCUCUGGGCCAGACCUAUACCAGCAGCCUAGGGUACCGGAAGGUGGUGUCCAACGUGUGCGAGGGUGGCGUGGACCUGCAGCAGAGCCCGGUGCAGCUGCAGUGCCCGCUCAUGCCGCCCCGUGGCCUGCAGGUGCGCCUCCGUGGCGAGGCCGUGGCCGUGCGGCCCGGGGAGGACGUGCUAUUCCUGGUGCGGCAGGAGCAGGGAGACGUCCUGACCACCAGGUACCAGGUGGACCUGGGCGACGGCUUCAAGGCCAUGUACGUGAACCUCACGCUGACCGAGGAGCCCAUCCGGCACCGCUACGAGAGCCCCGGCGUCUACCGCGUGUCCGUCAGGGCCGAGAACUCGGCCGGGCACGAUGAGGCUGUGCUGUUUGUGCAGGUCAACUCCCCCCUGCAGGCCCUGUCCCUGGAGGUGGUCCCGGUCAUUGGCGUCAACGAGGAGGUGACCCUGACGGCCGCGCUGCUGCCCCUGAACCCCAACCUCACCGUCUUCUACUGGUGGAUCGGCCACAGCCUGCAGCCCCUCCUCUCCCUGGAGAACUCGGUGAGCACCCGGUUUGCGGCAGCGGGGGACGUGCGGGUGACGGUGCAGGCCGCCUGCGGGAGCUCCGUGCUACAGGACUCCAAGGUCAUCCGCGUGCUGGACCAGUUCCAGCUGGUGCCGCUGCAGUUUUCCAAGGAGUUGGACGCCUACAACCCCAGCACCCCCGAGUGGAGGGAGGACGUGGGCCUGGUGGUCACCCGGCUGCUCGCUAAGGAGACCGGUGUCCCCCAGGAGCUGCUGGUGACCGUGGUGAAGCCGGGGCUGCCCACCCUGGCCGACCUAUAUGUGCUCCUGCCCCCUCCCCGGCCCACGAGGAAGAGGAGCGUCUCCAGCGACAAGAGGCUCGCGGCCCUGAGGCAGGCGCUGGCGGCUCAGAAGAUCAGCUUCCUCCUGCGCGCCGGGCUCCGUGUCCUGGUGGCCCUGAGGGACGUGGACGCAGGUGCACAGAGGCUGGGCAGCGGCGGCAGCGGCUACUGGGCGGCCGUGGUCCUCUUCGUGGCCGGGCUCUUUGCAGCGGGCGCCUUCGUCCUCUACAAGUUCAAAAGGAAACGCCCGGGCAGGACGGUGUACGCGCAGAUGCACAACGAGAAGGAGCAGGAGAUGACGAGCCCCGUGAGCCACAGUGAGGACACGCACGGCGUGAGCCAGGGCAACCAUUCGGGCGUGGUCCUGAGCAUCAACCCCCACGAGAGGCGCAGCUACCUGGUGAGCUGAUGCCGAGGCCAUGCCCACUCCUCCGUCCUGCGCCCCGUGGAGGGCUCCGCCCAUGAGCCAGGCGUCGAGGACCUGCGGGGUCCCCUCCUCCAGCUGUCCCCACCCAGGGGACAGACCCUCCUCCCUCUGUCCAGCCCCGCCCACCCAGGCCCACGGGACACCAGCCUCUGCCGUUCCCGCCCACUCCGGCUGCGUCUCUGCGCCUGAGCCCGCACACGCUGGGCCUGCUUCUGGCCGAGCUGGGUCCCUCUGGGAGGCCGCUGAGGCCAGCACUGACCCUGCCAGGCCGCCUGCACCCUCCGUAGCAGGUGCACACCCACCGGGAGCCCCAGGGUGCCUGCCUCCCUCUCGGCCGCAGCCUGCACACCUCCGGAGGUGGCGGGUGGUCCACUCUGUCUUUGUGACCAUCUGGGUGGUCCUCGGGAUCGCUUUCCCACAAGGUCCUGGGCCCCCUCCUCUGGGGGCCAAAGGCACCGAGGAAGCCAGCGCUUGCAGUUCCUCACUCUCGCCAGCAGGGGGCGUUUCCUGCCCCACUGGUCCACUCCCCACCCGGCUCCGGAAAUGUGGGAGGUGGGGACCCCCUCCUAGAGGCACCGAGUUGUCCGCACAGCCCAAGGGAGCCCACAGCAACCUGGCGGGGGGAAGUGAGGGUGGCGGCGCCGUAGCUGCCGGGACAACCUGAGGCCACAGUGGCCACGGUUCCCAAGGCCUCAGCGGGGUGGCCGGGGAGCAGCCCGAGCCCCACAGGGCAGCCAGGACCCAGGCGGGUGACCUGAGCGUUGUCCAGCGCGCAGGGGCUCCGUCGCCUCUGGCACACCCCGGGGACGAGGGCAGCCCCUGGGGUGGGGGGGACAUGGCCACACCCAAGCCCCUCCCCAGUACCUGCGCGCCGACCUGGGCUCCCAGACCCCGACCCGCGCCCGCACUGCGAGGUGUCGUCCUGCUCCGGGCCUGCGGGUCACCGAGGAAGGCGGGCGGCGGCCCACAGCUCCCUGUGUCCCCCUGUUAUCCUCAAGAUCGUGGCGGGUGCGUGGGAACCCCGCCUGCCGGCUCCACGCACGGGCCGUGGGAGCGAGGCCUGCACAGCCGGCGGAGGCGCCUAACAGACACCACGCGUGCUUUCUCACGUCUCCUUUUUAAAACUCAAUAAAUCAGU